GGAAGUGUUGUGUGUGCAAAAUGACUCGUUUCUGACUGGUUCAGCCUCUUGUGCAAGGAGACGCAAAGAAGAAUUUCUACUUAAGCUUUAAUGAAGCGGAUGGAAAUCGUUUGGGACUACAGCUUCCUCUCCUCCUCAACUGUGGUACCCUGAACUCAGACUACAAAGGGACGUGAGGUCGGCCACUGGUUAAAAUGGAUACUUUCUUUUUAGAGGGAGCCCGUGUCUGGCUGAGACACAAAGAACAGCUCCUCCCCUCCACCCUCAGCUCUUGCGAUGAUUCGUCCCUGGUCCUCAGCACCGACUAUGGGAAGGUGAUCUACCUGCAGAAGUCGGACAUGAACAGGGAAACGGUGUACCCGAUGCACCCCAGCAGCAUCCAAGGUGUAGAGGACAUGUCCACACUGGCCGAGCUGCAUGAGGCUGCCAUCAUGCACAACCUCUUUCUGCGCUACCAGAAAGACAACAUCUAUACCAACAUUGGUUCUAUCCUGGCAGCAGUAAAUCCCUACAAGCAGAUAGUGGGCCUGUAUGAGGGCGCUGCAGUCGAUCUGUACAGCAAACACCAGAUGGGGGAGCUGCCUCCUCAUAUCUUUGCUGUGGCCAACGAGUGUUACCGCUGCCUGUGGAAAAGACACGACAGCCAGUGUGUCCUCAUCAGUGGAGAGAGUGGAGCUGGGAAGACGGAGAGCACCAAGCUGCUGCUGAAGUUUCUCUCAGUGAUGAGUCAAAACUCUGCAGGUACUCCGCUGUCGGAGAGGACCACCAGGGUGGAGCAAGCCAUCGUCCAGAGCAGUCCCAUCAUGGAAGCCUUUGGGAAUGCUAAGACUGUGUACAACAAUAACUCCAGUCGCUUUGGGAAGUUUAUCCAGCUCCACUUCUCCCAGAACGGAAACAUUCAGGGAGGCUGCAUCAUUGACUAUUUGCUGGAAAAGAACCGUGUGGUCCGACAGAAUCCCGGAGAAAGAAACUACCACAUCUUCUACGCUCUGUUAGCAGGGACAGACAAAGAACACAGAGACAUGUACCUCCUGUCCGAGGGUCCCGAGUCAUAUCACUACCUGAGCCAGUCAGGCUGCAUGCAGGACAGCAGUCUGGAUGACAAGCAGCUCUUUGACAGUGUAAUGGAGGCCCUGAAAGUGAUGGAAUUCACGGAGGAGGAGAUAAGAGACGUGUUCAAGUUGCUGUCUGCUGUCCUACAGAUGGGCAACAUUGAAUUUAUGACUGCUGGUGGAGCCCAGAUCACCUCCAAAGGGGUGGUCAGUAAUGUCAGCGAGCUGCUCGGCCUGGACUCCUUUCAGCUGUCAGAGGUGUUGACCCAGCGCUCUAUGAUCCUCAGAGGAGAGGAGAUCUGCUCACCCCUCACUGUGGAGCAGGCUGUGGACUCGCGAGAUUCGGUUGCAAUGGCACUUUAUUCUCAGUGCUUCUCCUGGAUCAUAAUGAGGAUCAACCAGAAGAUCAAAGGGAAAGACAACUUCAAGUCCAUCGGCAUCCUCGACAUCUUCGGCUUUGAGAACUUUGAGGUGAACCGGUUUGAACAGUUUAAUAUCAACUACGCCAAUGAGAAACUCCAGGAGUAUUUCAACAAACACAUCUUCUCGCUGGAACAGCUGGAGUACAACAGGGAGGGGAUCCAGUGGGAAGCCAUAGACUGGAUGGAUAACGCAGAGUGUCUGGAUCUCAUAGAAAAGAAACUGGGCAUGUUGGCUCUUAUCAAUGAGGAGAGUCGCUUCCCCAAAGGCACGGACUACACCCUCCUGGAGAAACUGCACAGCCGACAUGCAACAAACCCAUAUUAUGUGAAGCCCAGAGUGAACGACCACCAGUUUGGCAUCAAGCACUAUGCUGGCGAGGUGCUUUAUGACGUGCGUGGGAUCCUGGAGAAGAACCGAGACACCUUCAGGGACGACAUCUUGUUUAUCCUCAAAGACAGCAGGCUCGACUUCAUCUACGACCUCUUUGAGCGUGUCGGUAGCAGAAAUGGAGAUGAGACCCUGAAGAUGGGCACAGCUCGACGGAAGCCCACUGUCAGCUCUCAGUUCAGGGACUCUCUUCAUUCCCUGAUGGCCACACUAAGCGCCUCCAACCCCUUUUUUGUCCGCUGCAUCAAACCAAACAUGGACAAGAAAGCCAACCAGUUUGAUCCUGACGUGGUCCUGAACCAGCUGAGAUAUUCUGGGAUGCUGGAAACUGUGAAGAUCCGCAAGGCUGGAUUCCCUGUUCGUAGAACCUUUAAGGACUUCUACAGCAGGUACAAGAUGAUCCUGAAGAACAAAAUCCCCUCGGCUGAUGAGAAGCAGAGCUGCUCAGAGCUUCUCACUCUUCAUGACAAAGACAAGAAAGAUUGGCAACUGGGGAAGACAAAGGUAUUCUUGAAGGAGGCCCUGGAGCAAAGGCUGGAGAAGGAGAGGGAAGAGGUGCGGCACAGGGCUGGCAUGGUGAUCCGCGCCCACAUCCUCAGCUAUGUGGCAAGGAAACAAUAUAAGAGGGUUUUAUCCAGCGUUGUCACCAUCCAGAAGAACUACCGCGCUCACUUUUGGAGACGCGCCUUCCUGCGCCUGCGCUUGGCCACCAUCGUCCUGCAGAAACAUCACAGAGGUCAGCUGGGCCGAUCGCUCUACUGCCAGAUCAAGGAGGAGAAACAGAAGCGAGAGGAGGAAGAGAGAAAGAGGAGGGAGGAGGAAGAGGAGAGGAGGCGAGUAGAGGAGGAGAGGAGGAGGAUGGAGGAGGAGAGGAGACAACAGGAGGAGGAGGAGAAGAGGAAGAGGAAGGAGGAGGAGGAGAGGCAGCGGCUGAUGGAUGAGGAGAUGAAGAGAAGGGAGGAAGAGGAGGAGUCGAUGAGGAAGGAGGAGCUGAGUCUGAUAAAGGAGAAAGAGGAGGAGCAGAAGAUGGCAGCUAGGGCAGACGAGACAAGGAACUUGCUGGUAAAUGGUGUCUGUCAGAAGAAGGAGCUGUCUCAAACUCUGUCCCACAGUCACACCUCUGAGGAGGAGAGCCGCCAGAUGGAGGAGAUCCUGCGGCUGGAGAGGGAGAUUGAACGUCUGCAGAAGCAGCAGGAAGACGGGGUGUCCCUUCUUGGAGAUGUCUCCAAAGAGGAACUGCGACAGAUGAGGGAUGCUGAGAUCUACAGGCUGGAGAAGGAAGCCUCCCGUGUGGCUACAGAGUUUCUGGAGCUCCUGGACUUUGGCGGUUUAGAGCCAUCCCUCUCGAGUGAGGAAAACCUCCACGACCCGACUGAAUCUACCGCCCCUCUGGCUGAGGAGGAGGUGGACGAGGGUUUCCAUGCUGAGGACGAAUGCAUUCCUUUGCCUGACUUCCCUCCUCCAGCUGUGGCUCCUCUGGACAAGGAAGUAUUCCAAAGUAUUCCCCCUCCUCCACCUGCUUUUGCAGAAGGACCAGUGGACACCCCUUCCUCAGCAUCCUCUCCCGCAGCGUCAAAGCUCUCCCGUCUUACCUCUAAUGGACUGAGUCAUGUCCCUCCUCUAACAGACUCCCAAACCUCCAGACUUCCCCCAGGUGCUGCAGUCACUAAUGGAGAAAGGAGGCCGUGCCCGAGGGCCAGCAGGGGGUCAGGCUUUGAGUCUGUGAGCGAGGAGCCAUCCCAAUCAAACCUGCCGGACACAGAGUCUGACUACGACCAGGAGGAGUUUGAGGAGGCUCAUGGGAGCUCAGGGGCUAGCACCAAUGAUGGCCAUAUCACAGAUGAGGAGGUGCUGCGAAAAUCCUCCUGCACCCAAAACAGCCUGGACUCCUUCAGAGGCAGCUCAGACUCGUUCAUUGACAGCGAUGAGGACAACGACGGCUAUGUGGACACAGAUGAGGAGGUUUCCAAUGGGAGAGUAAAUCUCCUGAAUGGCAGCGGGCCUCCAUACUUCCACGGCUACCUCUACAUGAAAAGUGGACUCAUGAUACCGUGGCGUCGUCGAUGGUGUGUCCUGAAGGAUGAGACCUUCAUGUGGUUUCGAGCCAAGCAGGACUCUGUCAAAUCUGGCUGGCUUUACAAGAAAGGUGGAGGAAUGUCCACCUUGUCUCGGCGCAACUGGAAGAUGCGCUGGUUCGUUCUGCGGGAGUCGAAGCUUAUGUACUUUGAGAACGACAGUGAAGAGAAGCUGAAAGGAACCAUCGAUGUCCACACUGCUAAGGAGAUCGUGGACAAUCACGAGAAGGAAAAUGCACUGAAUAUUGUGACCGAGGAGAGGACCUACCACAUUUAUGCCGAGUCUCCAGAAGAUGCCAGUUCUUGGUUCAAUGUGCUGAGUCGGGUCCACAGCGCCAGCCCGGAGCAGCUCAUGGAGAUGCACCAUGAACAGGCCAACCCCAAGAAUGCAGUGGGCACACUGGAUGUGGGCUUGAUUGAUUCUGUUUGUGCAUCAGAUAACCCCGACAGACCAAACUCGUUUGUGAUCAUCACAGCCAACCGCGUGAUCCACUGCAACACAGACACUCCUGAAGAGAUGCAUCACUGGAUCGGCCUGCUGCAGAAAUCCAAGGGCGACUCCAGGGUUGACGGACAGGAGUUCUUAGUCAGAGGUUGGCUACAUAAAGAGAUGAAGUCAGGAGCCAAAAGCACUUCUCUGAAGCUGAAGAAGCGCUGGUUUGUUCUCACCACCAACUCUCUGGACUAUUAUAAGUCGUCGGAGCGCAGUGCCUCCAAACUGGGAACUCUGGUCCUCAACAGUCUCUGCUCUGUGGUGCAGCCAGAUGAAAAGGUCUUCAAGGACACUGGUUAUUGGAAUAUAAUCGUCCACGGACGUAAACACUCUUACCGUCUUUACACCAAAAUGCUGAAUGAGGCCAUGCGGUGGGCGAACGCCAUACAGGGAGCAAUAGACAGCAAGGUUCCCAUCGAAACGCCGACGCAACAGCUCAUCAGGGACAUCAAGGAGAGCAGUUUGAAUGUGGAGGCUGUGGAACAGACAUACUGGAGGAACCCCAUCCUGAGAUAUACCCAACAUCCUUUGCACUCCCCUCUUCUACCUCUGCCCUACGGAGAUGUCAGCAUCCACUUGCAAAAGGAAAAGGGUUAUACCAGCCUGCAGGAUGAGGCGGUGAAGAUUUUCAAUUCGCUGCAGGAGAUGGAAGCAGUGUCGGAUCCGGUACCAAUCAUCCAGGGGAUCCUACAGACCUGUCAAGACUUGAGGUCAUUAAGAGAUGAGGUUUACUGUCAGCUGAUCAAACAAACCAAUCAUGUUCCGCACCCAAACAGCCCUGCCAAUCGCGCCCACUGGCAUCUCCUAACCUGUAUGAGCUGCACCUUCCUGCCCAGCCGAGGCAUCCUGCGCUACCUCAAGUUUCACCUCAAAAGGAUUAAGGAGCUGUUCCCUGGUACAGAGAUUGAAAUGUUUGCCCAUUUCAUCGGUGAGUCUCUGAAGAAGACCAAGACCAGAGAAUUUGUUCCCUCUCAAGAGGAAAUCAUGGCACUGCUUACCAGACAGGAAAUGACCACCACGGUCUACUGCCAUGGUGGAGGCUCCUGCAAGAUCUCCAUUAACUCACACACCACUGCUGGAGAGGUGGUGGAGAAGCUAAUCAGAGGUCUCGCCAUGGAGGACAGCAGGAACAUGUUUGCACUCUUUGAACACAACAACACCAUUGACAAAGCUGUGGAAAGCAGGGUUCUUGUGGCUGACGUAUUGGCUAAAUUUGAAAGGCUGGCUGGCAGUGAGGAAGGUGAGGAAGACGGCCAGUGGAAACUCUAUUUUAAACUAUACUGCUUCCUGGAUGUGGAAAGCAUGCCUAAAGAAGGAGUGGAGUUUGCAUUCAUGUUUGAGCAGGCCCACGAGAGUUUGACACGGGGUCACUUUCCUGCCCGUGAAGAGACCCUGCAGCACCUGGCUGCACUACGCCUUCAGUUUCUGCAUGGGGAUAAAGCACGAGUCACCUGGAGCCUGGAAAACGUUUACCCCGUGGGCCGCCUGCGCAGUCGCAUCCUCCAGUUUACCAAGGUGGGUGGAGCCUCAGGUUCCGGACAAACUCUGGAGCGUCGGAGGACCAGCUUCCUGGAUGGGACCCUGCGGCGGGGGUUGAAGACAGGCUCAAUGAAGAAGCAGCGCUUGGAGGAGGAGCAGAUGUUGGAGAUGUGGAUAAAGGAGGAGAUGUCUGCCACCAGGGCGAGCAUCGUGGAGAAGUGGUCCCGCCUCAAGGGUCUGGACCAACAUCAGGCCAUGCUCAAAUACAUGACCAUCAUCAAGGAGUGGCCUGGAUAUGGAUCCACACUGUUUGACGUCGAAUGCAAAGAAGGAGGCUUCCCUCAUGAUCUCUGGCUUAGUGUGAGUGCUGAAAAUGUUUCUGUCUACAAAAGAGGUGAGCCCAAACCACUGGAGACCUUCCCAUAUGAGCACAUCAUUUUCUUCGGCGCUCCGCAGCCCUGCACCUACAAGAUCACUGUGGACGAGAGAGAAAUGUUCUUCGACACACCGCAGGUUGGAGAGAUCACAAAGAUCAUGAAAGCCUACAUAAACAUGAUUGUGAAGAAGCGCUGCAGUGUGAAGUCUGUGUCCAGUUAUGGAACCAAUUGGAUCAGGUGAUUGAUAUGACAGCACAAGAAAUGUACUCAGCUAUAGUUCACCUGACGGAAAACAAGCAAGCAUGGAAAGAAGAUGCAGACAGACAUUGCAUUUCUGAGCUGGUGAUUGGCAACGUAGACCCACUCCAUCCAGAACAAUUGCUUCCCAUAGAGACAUAAGUUUAUGCCUUUACUGCUUGUGGAAAAAAGUGGAAAUAUUCAAGUGGUCGCAUUAUUUUAAGAUGUUACAGUGUUGGAGUGUUGCUUCCCUCCAUGCAGUCUCCAAGCAUGUUACUCACCCUCAUUAGUUACUCUGAUCAUUUCUCACAUCUUACUUGAGAUGCACAUCAGUUGUCUUUUCAUGGGUUUCUUUUAAAUAUCCAGAAACACCAACUCCUUUUCCACCAAACCCUGUGUUUCAGAAUUCAAAACAUUCACUCAAUAUCUCCGGUCUUUUUAAUUUCCAGAAGAGUACAUUUCCAUUGAAAGGAGAUGAAAGAAUGAGCUGCAGUGGCAAACAUACCUUUAUUCAAGUGUUAUUUCCACACAUAUUGUGUCCCAUUCUAAUGAAUGUUCUUCUGGAUGAAGAUUCCCUCAGGUUAAUGCAUAAUUGUAACUGUCCCAGGGAGAUUAUCUCCCUCAUCUUGCCUUAUUUAAGUUUUUAUUUGAACUAUUCUGGGCUAAGAUAUUUAGUGCAGAUUCAGCCUUUCAGGAAUGGAAUAUAAAUUUUGAGGUGUUUCGUAUCUUGGUCAGUGGUUAUUGUGGUUUCCAUUGGUGCAUUAAGCAAACAAAGCAAUUCAAAUAUGAAUAACCACUGCAUCAGUGGGGAUGCAACAUUUAUAACCACUGCAGUCCAGCAUCUUUUCAAAAUUACUAAAAUCACUCGAACAAUUUGUGCUUUUCUCCCAGAAAGAGUACUUUGCAUUGAGCUGUUUCAUUGUGCACUGACUUCAGGGUAUGUCUUUGAAACUUUUGUGGGUGAAACUGAUGUUCAGUGAUGUGUUUUGAGAAACUAGCAGGAUCUCGCUUGUUCAGUACACCUGUGUCUAGAGAUUGUUUUACUGUGUUUUUUCAGCGAUGUCAGAGGCCAUGUGAGGGUGAGGUAUUUAUUUAUUGAGGUAUCGUGGAUUGGUAGAGAAAGCAGACUGAGCGAGGUGAACAGUGUGCUGGAAAUGCAUUGAUGCAGUCAUCUCAAUACUUUUUUUUCUAUUAUUUGUGCAUAGGGGGACGCAGAAAUUUAUAUUCAGAAAUAGACAAGUUUCAUUAUUUACGUUUGAUUUUCUCCAUUUUUUUUUGUCCUAUUUCUGAGCUUUUGUCAGCAUAAAAUGAUCUAAGUGUAUUGCCCUCAACACCCUCAACAUGCUCAAUUCCUUGUAUUAUCUCGCUAACCUGGAGGAUUCAAGCAUAUGCCAGUUGACUUACCAUGUAGUUCAUGAUAAGAGUAUGGUCCAGACAUAUUGAGCUUAGUAUUUACCUCACAUCGCAUCACAUCACUGUCUUCCAUUGCUCUCCAAUCGUUCUCACUAGGCUAUCUGGUCAGCUGCCGGCGGCCAUACCAGAGACUGAUCUUGCCGUUGACGAUGACUGUAUUUCUGAGAUUUCUGAUUGUUUUGAAGAAGAAGAAUCAGAAAAUGUUUUAUAUCAGAAUUUAAAGAUGCUUUAAUAAAUUAUUGUAUUUCAAA